GUUGGUAGAUCAUGGCGUCGGGAACUGGAGGAGAGUUGUCCGGCGGACACGACGCUGAACUGGACGAGUUAUUGGACAGUGCACUGGAUGAUUUCGACCGCGCACCUGCUCCUCCAGCCCCUGGACCUGCUGCAGCUUCACCUUCAGGAGCAGAAAAGCCCCCUCUGCUUGAGGACUGCAAGCUUUUCGAGACGCUCUUUGAGGGGGAAAUGGCCACCCAGGCCAAGGAUGAGUGGGAGAAGGCCAUGACCGAGCUGGCUCAGGAGGAGCCAGAACUGCUGCAGCACUUCCAGAAGCUGUCGGAGGCGGCAGGCAAAGUUGGCACCGACACUGCCUCCCAACAAGAGUUCACCUCCUGCCUUAAAGAAACUCUCCAAGGUCUUGCCAAGAAUGCAGACAACCUGCAGUCCUCAGGGCUAGCUGGAGACGACCUGGUGAAAGCUCUGGAGGGCCUGGGGCUGGAUGAAGGCGGUGAAGGAGGAGAAGAUGGGAACAUCCUGCCCAUCAUGCAGUCCAUCAUGCAGAAUCUUCUCUCUAAAGAAGUGCUUUAUCCAUCUCUCAAAGAGAUUACCACCAAGUACCCAGAGUGGCUGGAGGCCAACAAGCCGAGCCUCAGCGCCCAGGACCACCAGCGCUACGAGCAGCAGGCUAAAGUCAUGGGAGAGAUCUGUAGGCUCUUUGAAAAGGAGGAAGAAGGAGCUGAAGAGAAGGAGAGAACGUUCGAGAGCAUCAUGGAUCUGAUGCAGAAGCUGCAGGACUUGGGUCAACCACCUAAGGAGUUGGCGGGAGAUGCCCCUCCAGGCUUCAACUUUGACAUGGAGUCCCUAAAUCUCCCAGGAGUGUCUGGAGCCGGGCCAGCGGACCAGUGCUCCGUCAUGUGAUGAGGUGGUGCUGUGGUCAUCAGACGAUCAGGAGCCGAACGGCCACUCUGUCUUUUAGCAGCAGGCAGGGAUGACGGAGUGUGAAGCACACAUCAGGCGGGAGUGUGACCAGACUGUUUGAGAAGACAAGGUGUUGAAUCGACAGGAGGAGCCACGAAAACCUAAAGGAAACACUUCGUUUGAUCCAAAAUCAUUUUGCAAUGAAUAGCCAGCAGCCCCUUCACGGUUACUUUUAACAGAGUUCUUGAUGGCUGCCAUUGUUGUUGUUUUUACUUCCUGUUUAGCCGCAUGGCAAAUUCUGUCGGCCACCUUGCAGGUUUAAACUGUGCCUUUUAAUAAAGACAAAGUUAUUUUUUAGGUCUUAAAAAUGUAAGAUCAGGUAGUUCAGGUAAACAAUCCAGAAUAUAGUUUUAACAUAAUAGUUUUUUGUAUUUAAUUCAACCUAAAAUCUGUGAAAGAUUAAAUUAUAGAGCUAAUUAUUAACCUGCAAGGAAACCGGAAACGAGUAAGCGCACCGUUUCUAUUAAUUUAAUAACUAAAAGAUGACGGAGGAAGUCGUAAAAGGUUUUCAGCCCAUAUUUGUUCCUGCAUCCUGAGUUGAAGUGAUAGACCCGAUCCUUGGAUGCCCUUGCUGUGGUUACAGUGAUCUUUGUGUUGAGCUACUGUGCAAAGUGUUUCCUGCGUGACUCCCCGUGUCCGUGAUGUGCAGUGAUGGGUUGUUUUGGUGUGGACACCCAGAGCGGGAGUGAAAGGAUGGGAGGGCAUGUCAUUAGAGGCUCAGUGUGUGCUUUCUAGAAAAAGUGAGCAGCAGAGUUCAAUGCAAGCACUUUUUGGCUUUGGGCACAGGGUUGGUUUACUGACAAUAAUAGAGAGGGGUCCAGAAACGACACGACCAUCAGCCCGUCGGUAAUCGCACAAUGAAAGGGCGCUGUCAAAGGAUUUAGCUCUGCACUGGGAAUAUGUCAGAUUUAUCAGCUGUAGAGGUUUCAUCACAGGGUGGGAGUUCGGGCCAGUCAGCUCUUGAAGCAGCGCCCUGAAAAAAGAAACAAAACUUGUAAUUU